UUUUUCCUGCACUAUGAGAACUUCUGAUCCCAAAGAUUCAAAAUCUGUAAAAAUACUCUCGGUUUCUGAUUACUAGAUGUAAAAUCUUUUCACAAACUAUCGUUAACUGAGUUUAUUAGUCUUUUUAAAUCCCCCCCAUCGUUACUAAGCAACCAGACUCCUGCACGCGGCUAGGUCGGCUCCAGACGUUCAGCGCGGCUGUGUACAUUAUUUAUGAUGCUUCAGAAACUAAAGCUGGUCGAGAAACCACAUGUCAAGAAGGAAAGACACAGAAAUGCUGCAUUUAGCUUCAAGCUGAUGUCAGGAGCAAAAGCAUUACUGCGUCUCGGAUCAAUUUAAAACCAUAUUAAAACGGAGUGAGGAGUCGUAUCCACAAAAGCGUUCAUGGACAGAGAACCAGAGGGGUCAGAUGAGGAUGUGCAGGAAGAGAACAGGUCCACUGUGCUGUGGGAGAAGUCUUUUCAGCAAAGCAUCUUUGUCGAUUUAAGCGAGGACGAAAGUCUCCACUUCAGCGAUUUAGAAGGUUCUUUAAAUUUACAUCUAUCCCAGGCAGAAUCUGCUGCAUCAGAGGGUAGCAUUCAUCUGAGUGCAGGGAGUGCAGAGCUAUCACCCUUGGAUGAUGACACAUCCUCUGAGUGUAGCGUUAUUGGCAGUCAGAGUGACAGGGCGGUAGAAAAGAGGAGCAAGAGCAGCAGAGUGCAGGUGUCAGCCCAAAGACCAAAUACCACACAAGAGGAUCUGCCUAACAAUGGAGACUCAGGGCAAAACACGAGCGAUGAAGAUCAGGAAGAUCUACCUUUUGACGAUGACCUUGGAUGCUUGUACUUCAACCAGACAGUUCUCUCUGAGGGCAGCAGGAGCUCCAAUGGAAGAGAAACUGUUCACGGAAGUCCUAAUGUUCUACAACAGAGCUCCCCUCUUCUACAACAGAUAGAAAAUAAGUUUAUCAAAAGCUUGGAGUUUGUUGAAGACGAUGACGCCAAACCAACAACUCUGUUGAAGGAGGAUGCAAACUCUUGUGGUGCUUCCAAGCCAAAUAAAGUUCCAUCAUCUAAUCUAGUGGACAUAAACCACGUGUUACUCCGACACUUCUCCCAGGAGGAGUUGCUUCAGUCAGGUAGGCUGAUUGAGGCAGAGACCCUGCCAGAGUUGUCCCUGCUGGAAAGCGUGGAUGACACUGUUUUCAGUCUGGCCCAAACGCGCAAAAGCACAGCAAAGGACAGUAACCGCUCAGAGAGUCACACUCGUAAUUCUAAAAUCAGCCAGAGUCUCUGCUCGGGCGUGACGGAGGAAAAGAAGAAUGAUGCAUCGAAGAGUUCAAGUUCAGAUGAGGAAACGCGAAGCAACAUGGAUUAUGCCUCUGUAAGCGCAGACUCAAACAAGAGCAGCGAGGAUAACGGUGAUGUCGAUGGAAGGAAGGCUGACGAUGCUGGUCAGGCUUCAGUCCCAUUUGUGCGCACCAAGUCCUUCAGUGAGAUAAAAUAUGGCCAAGGUCAAGUCCAUUACCCGCUGCCCGACUUCUCUAAGGUUGCCCCAAAGGUUAAAAUCCCCAAAGCUCCCAGUGCAGCGGCCAGACCCGCUCCCCAGAGCCCCAGCUUUAUACACAGGACCCAGUCUUCUCCUGGUAUGUUGGACGUGAUCAGCAGAGUCCUGGAGGAUUCAGUCCUGCCACCAGAGCCUUACGUCUUCAAGCAUGAGGACAAACAGAGUUCUCCAGCACUGGUGCAUCACCUGCAGACUGAAUAUGACAAAUUAUUAACCAGAUAUGCUGAAGCAGAAAACCUUAUUGAUCAAAUGAGGUUAGGAACUAAUGCUCACACCUGCUCAGAAACGAUGCUGAAUUCAAAUACUGAAGAUCAUCAGGUCCAGCGUAAUGAUGAUGAUGAUGAUGAUGAUCACAAAAACCUAGUCCAGGAAAGCAGUCUUGGAUCGAUGGCUUCUCACAUUCCCCUAUCAGAAGGUUUUGUUGAAAAGGGAACAACAGCACCUCAGAGCGACCUUAAGCAGGUGAGCAGGGCCUCACUUAUCCAGAGUGAGGAGCAUCCCAGUGAUGGGGAAAAGAUGACUGCUGAGCUGAGUGACAUCAUCAGCCAGUUCACACAGAAAGUGAAUGAAUUUAAGUUAAGCGUAAGCAACAUGCUGGGGAGCACAGGAGAGCAACAAAUGAUGUUGAGGAGUAUGAUGGAGGCUCAGGACCAGCUGGAGAGGAAAUACAGGAGUAAGAAGGAUGAGCACAGAGCUCUGGAGAUGCAGAACUACAUGGGCCUGUCCAGAAACACUGGCACCUUCGACCCAAACAGGCUGGUGGAGGGAGAAAUAUUCAGAAUAGGGAUGCACCUCGAAGACAUAAAGGAGAUGAUAGAGAAAAAUGUGCGUGAGCAGAUUUCCUCCUCCAACGAGACGCUGCAGCCGGAGCCGAGUCCCCUCUGCGUGUCCCCUCCACCGUCCCUGCACGAGGGGCCAAGAGUGAUUUUUUCUGCAGCGAGUUGUGAGAUGGGGACGCACAAUAAAGUAAAAGGAGGUGAAGAAGAAGAGAAGGCAACCAUUGUGGCUCGUGGUGACGGUGGAUUAGAGCGAAGCAGCGAGCUCAUAUCAUCUGACUCUUUACUAAAACACACUGUGUGGAACAGUUGCUCCUCAUGGAACCCCACAGAGGUCUCUGGAAGAUCUGAGGAUGGGGAGGGAACUGAAGAGGAGGACAGCUCUUUCCUGUCAAAGGGACUAGAUCACAGUAACAUCUUAGCAUAUCUGAGUGGAUCUGGGUCAACUUCAUUACAGAGGGACUGGACACCUGACAGUAGCUGUAGCUUCCUGGAUGGAGUCUUGAACCCAGAAGAAGAAUGUAUGAGUCUGGGUGUGGAAGCAUCCAAAUCCUGUGCUACACCCAGAGACUCAGACGCCCACUGCCCCUUAGAACCUCCUCUCUCAGCCUCAUCUAGGAUUGUGAGCCCAGAGACAGACAGCGGAUUUGGGAGCUCGUAUUUAAAUCAAUCAGGGUCUGGUCCAUUUCAGCCAACCCACCUCACAGAAAGUGGUUUACGAAGCUCAGACAGUGAGGGCUCGUCCUCCAACCUGCAGACAGCCAUCCAUUCAGUCUCUUUGACCAGCCAGCAGUGGGCUGCGGUCCCAAAUCAGUGUGGUGGAGCAGUGGCAGUGGAGGGUUGGGUGGAGGGUACUGCUAUCAGGCCUUCAGAGAGGCUGCAGGCUGAUAAAACAGGAUCUGAUUCCAUCCAGCCCACACCAGUCCACCACCACGUAUCUACACCCUUCAUCAGAACCACCAUGGACACAGGAACGGGGCACAACCAGUCCCCUUGCUCUUGUAAUAGUGAGGCUAUCCUGGCCCUGCAGUCUGAGGUGUCAAGGCUAAAGAAGGACCUGGAAGAAGGUUUAGUCCAGCUGCCUCACCUCGCUCAGAAGAUGGAUUACCUGACCUCUAAAUACAAGCAGGGUCGUCAGGAGCGCAGGUCUAAACCCAGACCCAGGAUCCAUCAGAAAUCCUUGUCUAACAGUCCAGCAAAACUAGACGACUGGAUUUCCUCAGAUAUGGAAGCCAGCAAGAGCAAAGUUACAGACAGUGAUGACACAGCAGAAUCUGAAAUCACGCUGCAGUUCCACAGUUCACCAGCAGGGAGCAGUAGAGGCAGAGCUACGUUGGAGUCUGUGCCCCAUCAGACACUGCGGUCCCACAGAGAGGAGUCGAUGAAAACUUAUAGCUUUACCAGCUUCAGUUUAAAAAGGGGCAAAGAGUUUUCAGACCACAGUGACAGACCACAGACUGCCUUCAUGGAGAGGUGGUCUCCACUUUCCACUGCAUCGCUCCAGAAGCCGCUCCUCCAGGUCAACUAUGGGUCCUCCAGCAGUCUCCCUGCCAGCUACAAAGUGAGGGAGCCGCCGCAGCAGCCCAUGCUUGACCAGCGGAAACGAUCGACCCAGUCGGACACAGCUCUGCUGCCCAGCGACGUGUACUUCCAGCAGACGUCGACCCGCGCCUCAGCGCCCGCGAAGACCGGCGGCAGGACCACGCGUUGGAGAGGGAGCAAGGACGACGACGUGAACGGGACUCUGGACCGGGCCAUCGAGGUGGCCCGCAGCAUGAAGAGGACGACUGAUCGGAUGGCCAAAAGACUGUCAGCUGACCUAGCCAGAGCUCAAGUCCACAGAAAACUGCACCACGGGAAACACCAUGCACCGUAACACACAGCACUGACCAGCUGAUACAGCACUGAGACAGCUGUGAUUACGAUGCCUGAUUUUUAUAACAUCCGUUGCAUUAUGUACAAAACCUUCCAGGAUCUUGGUUUAAACUGAGUAAUAUAUAACCACAACCUAUAAUUUAAUCUUACUCAAUAAAUUAACAGACCUUAUCUUUUCAUAAUGCCCCAUUUUCAUAGUUUGUAUAAAUUCUCUCACUCCUUAUUAUCCAACAGCACACAGCAGCCACAGGGUGAGGCGAUAAAGUUCAAUCUAUGAAAUUCAAUCAGUCUAGGUUAAAUCGUCAAUAUUGUGUUUCAGGAAAAAGUCCCUGUGCUUUUACUUUGCGAGUAUCAACUUUUGUGCUUUUAGCUAAUGUCCUCAUUUGUCCCUCGCUGCUGGCCUGUGGCCGCUGGAGACAGAGUGUCUUCUUACUGUGUUUUUGUUUGUGCCUCUGUUACAUAGCCUGUCGCUGCCAGUCAUUUUCUGUUGUGAUGAUUGGAAGUCCUUUGUUGUUCUAAGGCGGCGAGAAAUAUUUCCGAAACACGUGGUGAUGUGAAGAACGGAAAAUGAAAAUAUAUAAAAAUGAAAUUAUAUAAUAUAUAAUAUGAAAUAUAUAAUGUGAAAAUAUAUAAUAAAAUAUGGUUGCU